AAUUUAUAGACUUGGGCAGAAUUACAUAAAUAUUAUGCCGAUUCAAGUGGUAUUUCUUUUUCCAUGCGCGUAAGAACGAUGUUGCGAUCCGUUUCAUUAGGUAAUCGUGUUCUGUCUCCUGUUUUUAAUGUUGCUCUUAUAUCCAAACACAUCACGUCCGUUGCUAACGAGUGUUCUUUGUCGUCUAAAUUUCUCUGAAUUUUUAGAAGUAAACCUUCUAAACGAUUAUACGAUCCUCUAGAAAAGAAGACAAACAUAAUGUAGAAUAACUGCGAGAAAAAUGUUAUUGUACAAUGGUAACGAGCGAAAUAUCUUCUAAAUGCCCGAAGAAAAAGAUAUCUUGGACGCUGAUGUUAACUGGUACACUGUACGUAACGUAUACACGUACUUGGAAUCUUCGAUAACUGUUUUCAAAUCUUUUUCAGUCUGUCGCAACUGUAAAACUUCAUCUUUCAAACCGCCGUCUACUUCGUCACGACAGAGUUCAAAGCCAGGACGAUAAGUGCGAUUUUCUAGUCUUGUUUCUACGCAUUUUAUCGAAUCAGUUUUAUGUGAGAGAGCAUCUUCCAACCGCACUAUUUCUUUUUGCAUGACUUCCAUUUCUUUUUCUAUCUGUAAAGUACAAUUAGAUAUGAAUUCUGCGUGAAUUACUCGAUCGCCGUAUUGUCCUAUUCCUGUAGAUACGGUUAUCCUGUAUACUUUACUUUGUGCUUCUGCCAUUCCAAUUCGUUGCGUGCUUUUUGUGUCUGAUGUAUUCUCUUUCGUAAACUGAAGUCCGUUACAUCCUGUUGAGCUUUAAUGUCGUUUCUUGCGCGUUCUCGCAUUACGUUCAUAGACUCGCGAAAAUUGUAUACGUCGCUCAAUUCGUUGUCGGCUAAAGUUUUCGAAUACUGGCAGUGUUCCAACCAAGCUUCGUAAGAUAUUGCACUGAAAACGAUGUUACUGUAUCUUUGCGUUCGUAUCAACGUACCGUACAGAAGUCUUACUCUUUCGGAACCCUUAACGCGUUUGGUUUAUAACUGAUGUUUGCGCAUGUACGGUCUAAAUUCAGAUUUUCUUUGUCUAUUUUUAUGGUCUCGGACUUGUCUUCGACAUCCAGUGCUAUUUUAAAUCUAACUUCCUCCAACAGAUUUAAUUUCUCCCAUGCAGAUUGAAUUCUACGGAAAAUCUCUAUUCGUAAACUUUGGAAUCGCCUUUACAUCGACGUCAACGAACAUGUAAUACCUAUCGGUCAGCGAUUGUUUAAUAUUCUCUAUGACGCAAAGUUCCUUUUUCAGUUCUGUGUCAGCUUCAUCGUACGUAAGCUCUGUUCCUCUACGACAGUCUCUCAUCGAAAUACAUUCUGCUGUUACUUGCAGAGGACAGUUCAAAGAUUCCAAUUCCUUCUCCGCGUCGCUUUUCUCAUCCUUCAAAAGACGAGUUUCCGAUAAGAGUUUGCUUAACAAAUUCUGAAGCAGUUCUCUCCACCUUGAUAAUUCUGUUAUCCUGCGAAUGUAAAUCUAAUAAUAUGAUAAAAGUAGAGCCUAUCUUAGAGGUAGGUAGAAUUAAACGGCAAUGUCCGUUACCUAUCCGCAAAUCGAGCAUUAUUCAUGUACGUAUCCCACAUGGUCUUCACCGUUGUCUCCGACCGAACAAUCUUCCCUGAAUUUCUCAAUGUAAAUGCUUCUGCACUUUCGGCAUCUGCACUUUGUUGAAGUUCCCAUUGGCUAGCAUACCAAUCUGCUAAUCCUAUAAAUAUCGAUAUAUUUUAUAAGAUGUUCUAGUAAUGAGAUGAAAAUCAUAGGAAAUUCUAAUUACCUAUAUGAGCUAGAGGUUUUUCAUAGGUUGUUACAGAUCUGUUAGCCAUAAUUUUCAAACAAUUUACCGUCUGUACAAAAUAAUACGACCGAAAUCCGGAAAAGUGUUUCAGUACUGGCAGUGACAACAAAGUCAUUAGAGGAUCACCAAAGCAACCGAAGUAGCAAACAAGUACAUUUCGAAUUCGAUAUCGAUUUAAUACUUUAUUAUAUUUCAUUCGUGUGUGCAUGUAUACAUUUUCUAUCUUGUGCUACUUUUAGUAUCGACGACGAAUAAUAUUACUAUAGAAUUGAGAAAAGUAGGAGUCUUCCUUACUACAGACAAGAAAAUUGAGAUCUGUUCUUCGAAGAGUAAAUCGUUUAUUUACAUUUACGUUUAUUUAGAUUUUAGACGUUUAAUACUCAUUAUUAAAAUGGAUCACAUAUUAUCCGAUUACUUUGAAGAUUAAAGCAGGCCGUAGUAAGUUACGUAAACAUAAGAAGUAUAAACAUUGUUGUACCAACUAAUGAAAAAGUAAAAUUGGCAAAGGGAAGAAAUCGGGGGUAAAUGUUCAACUGGCAGUUACAUCUGCUCGUGUACCUGAACUCGACCGAACGAAUCAGACAUCCAUUUUACGUUGAUAGUCGAGAAGUAAUCCUGUAAAGAGAUCCGUUGUACGCCUAAAAAGAUUGAUAUUUUGGAUUUCUUCCGUUCCUAGAAGUUACUUGGCCAGCGAACCGACACCGGUCCUUAACGCAUGGAACUCGAACCAUCGAUGCAGUCUGAACGAAUGGUACAUGAAAUAAUAAUCGUUACACGUUAAUACUUUCUAUAAUUAUUCAUUCUGUUCCUAUGAAAUGUCGCCAAUUCGUUUUCGCCGUUCUCGAGUAGGAGACACGCGUGUAACGACACGUGCCUCGCGAGCCUCGAAGAAAGUCGUUAUCCGAUAAGGAAGAAUCGUGGCCCUCGAAACCUUCGGCGCAUCGCCUGGCCUGUGGUAGGUACAUCGAGAAACUUCCGGAGCUUGCCAUCUUAACUUUCGAAAUCGAUCUUUCGUAUUGUCAAAGGAACUCCACUGUUCAGCGGAGAAUGAUUUUUAGGACUGUUAUCGAAACACUAUUAUAUAAAAAUAAAAUACCGCAGACGUGAAAUCGUUUGUAAGUACAGAAGGGGGAAGUCCACCUUCUUGGGGACCCCCACUCGAUCUUGCAUCAUGCGUAGUAGCCUCGCGACCGUUACAGUUUGAAUUUCUGUGUAACGGACAAAAGUCAGAAAUCUACCAAUAUAAUUUCCAAUGUGAUCAUUCGAGGCGCACGAUCGCGAGACUCGUAGGUGAAAUAAAGCUAAAAAAUUCUAGGAGAUUUAACGAUAGAGACGAUCUCGAGAAAGGAACCGAUUUGAAAUUGCAUGAAAUUAAAGUGAAUACCGGUGGCCUUCCUCUGCCGCGCUGGAUUGGAAGUUCCUGCUGCUUCGGCACGACUGCGCAAGAAGUUUGUAUUGCAGUUCCGAAUUGUUUACAGAGGAGUCGAGAGGAAACAGUUUGUAGAUAAGCGGGUACAUAAUACUCGGCUGAAAGUGUAUUAUUUCUGAUUUCAAUUCGAACGAAACCCGCAACGAAAAGUGAUAUUUUGUCGGUGGCUGAAAUAGUAUGCGAAGGUUGAGUAUGAAGAGUAAGCGUAGGAAGUCCGAAACGACCAGCGAAGAAGGUUCGGAGGAAAAUGGCGUCCCUCGUUCGACCGCCGAUGAAAGCGACGAAAUGAAGAAAGGAAAAGACGAUGAAUCUAUGGAUACGUCGCGCAGAAGUUCAACCAAGAAGCGACCAUCUCGGGGCAGGCAUAGCCUCAAAGGGAUCGACGACAAUGCGAAAGCCGACGAAGAGGACGCGCAGCCCGUUGUCGCCGAAGAGGAUGAAAACAAGAAUACCGGGAAGAGCAGAGGGAGUAAACGUUUUAAAAAGGACGACCCAAAGGCUUCUUCCUCGAUAAAGCACGAUGGAAAUCAAGAAGAGGAAUACGAGGUGGAAAAAAUUGUUGGACAACGUACGAGUAAAGGCAAACGACAAUUCUUAGUUAGAUGGAAAGGAUACGACGAAAGCUCCGACACGUGGGAGUUAGAGAAAGAUUUGAAUUGUUUACAACUGAUCGAAGAAUUCUUAGCCGAGGAGAUCGAGAACGAAGAAGACAAAUCUAAGAAAUCCGACGAUUCCCCAAAAGCAGGAAAAACUAAAUCUUUGAAGAUGGAUAAAAGGUCUAAGAAACCUAAAGUUAAUGCAAAAAAACAAAUUGAAAAUGACAAGGAAAUAACCUCCUCGGAUGAGAUCAAGAACGAUAAAGAUGAUCAAAAAGAGUUUGAAGUUGAAAAGAUUAUAGAAGUACAUUUCAAAAAAAACAAGACAAGGCAGUUUCUGAUUCGUUGGAAAGGAUUUUCGUCGGCGGACGACACAUGGGAACCGGAAGAAAACUUAAAUUGCCCCGAACUGAUAGAAAAGUUUAUGCAAAAAGUUGAAAAAGCUAAAACCACCGAGGUACGCGAACUCAGAGCAAAUCGUCCUCAUACGAAACGCUACACGUUAACGACACACGAGUAUGGACGAAGAUUAUCGCGUCGAAACAUGGAUAAGCAAAGAGCUACGUAUCAUGAAUGUGAUGAAUAAGUAAUCACAAACAUGUCAAGACAGACACAAUUUGUAGUGUUAAAAAAUAAUACUUCAAAACAGUAAAUAUAAGUGACUUUCUACCUAAUAAAAUUUUAAACUAAGACUACCGAUUAUAUGUAAUAUCGUUUGUGUGUGUCUUAAGUGCAUAUUACAUUGAUUUGUCUCUUGUACUAUGUGAAAUAUCAAUUAUGAACAUACGGUGUUUCGAUUCGUUUUUUAAAAUUUUAUAAAGUGUGCGUCACUAUUUAUACUAUAACGCAAAAAUUCUGUAGGUUACUAGUUCUUUAUACUUUUCAUAGUAUUUUUUGCAAUAUACUUUUAAACAUACAAGUAGUUCAAUAUGUGAUCUUGAACGUACUGAGAAGAAAAGAAAAUACUGUGUAACAUUUUUUUAAUCUACUUGACUGAAUGUUAUGCAUGUAUUAGAGAUUAGAAAGUUUUUAAAGCUAAAAUAAAUAUUUUAUUUUGGUGUAAAGUAUAUUUACUUUUACUCGUUUGAAAAGAAAAUUUGUAUUUAGUAAUUGCGCAAAAUCAGAUUAAGAUGUACAAUGUAUAAAAUGAUUUAUAAGUAACAGAAAGAUUUAAUAAAAUCGCCCCUGUUGUAAUACAAAAUUGCAUAGGUCAGAAUCAUACAAAUUUCAAUUAUUUCAUUUUGCUAUGCUUUCGAUGUGCUGCCAUAGAAAGUAUACUAUUGAUAAACAGUGCCAUUGUAAGAACAAGACUUAUACAUACAUACGAGUUUCAAAUAUUUCCACUUUUAAUCUGAAAAUAUUUUUAUUAUCGAUACACGUUAUACUUCUGUAAGUAUUAAGUUGUCAAAAAGGUGUAUUUAUUAUACUUUAAUGGUGACACUAUUGUUUUAAAUGAUACGGAUGUGAACGUAUGUAAUGAUGUAACAAAUGAAAAUGCAUUUACUGUUUUAUGUAUGAACAUUGAGCAACACAAUAAUUUGUUUCAAGAUAAAGCUAUAAUAAAAAACUAAACCUAUAAAAA